AUGGAUGGAGCUACGCAAAAUGGCCACUUGGACGUGGUGAAGUGGCUACACCGAGUUCAUCACGAAUGCUGCUCAUCAGAGGCUAUGAGUCUAGCGAUCCGAUACGAGGGUCAUUUAGACAUGCUGAAAUGGUUGCACGCACACCUUCCUAAAGCCUUCUCUUGCAUUAUGAUGGACACAGCGGCAAAGAAUGGCCACCUGGAUGUUGUCACGUGGCUGCAUAGGCACCGACGGGAAGGGUGUUCCGAAAGCGCCCCGAGACAGGCUGCGCAGAAUGGGCACUUUGAAGUC